AGAGCCUGCGGAAACCCGCUGCCGAGCCCGCGACUGACGAGACGCCAGACACGCGUGCUUCGAAGUGGCAGGCCAUGGCGCAUGUGGCGCGCGAGAUGCUGAAGAAAGAGCUGUGCCAGCUGAUGAAGGAUGAGAGCAGCGGCUUCUCGGUGGGCUUGGAAGAUGACUCGGACUUUUUCAAGUGGCGCGUGGUGUUCGAAGGGCCCCAGGACAGCUUGUACGAGGGCGGGAUCUUCAGCGCCGUGCUGAACUUCCCCGCAGACUUUCCCAACAAUCCACCUGAGAUGAAGUUUGAGACCGAGAUGUGGCAUCCCAACAUCUACCCGGACGGGCGUGUGUGCAUCUCCAUCUUGCACCCGCCCGGCACGGACCGCUUCAAUGACCAGGAGACCGCAGAUGAGCGCUGGCGGCCCAUCCUCGGGGUGCACAGCAUCUUGAUCAGCGUGAUUUCCAUGCUGCUGGACCCCAACUUGAACUCCCCGGCCAACAUCGACGCCGCCGUGCACCUGAAGAACGACCCCGAAGGCUGGAAGAAGAAGGUGCGUCAGCUCACGCGCAAGAGCGUGGAAGGCUGAAGCCGAAGCGGAUUCGCAAAAGAGCUCGACGUUCAGACAGCCCUUUG